AUGUCAACAACUACAACACCAGAUCCAGUAACAGUUGAUCCUUCUACAACAACAACAACAACAACAUCAUUCAUUGAUGAUUUUAAAACAUGGAGAAAAACACAAAUAUCAUCAAAAUAUAGUACCUAUGCAACAACUGAUGUAUCUACAUUGACAGCUGAAGCUUUCAUAGCUCUUACAACAGUUACAUCUACGACAGAUGCAACAACCAGUGUAACCACUAAAAAUGAUAUUGUCAAAGCAGAGGCAGACUCUUAUUUGAUGAAUAUUAUUUUGUAUCAUCUCGAUGAAAAAGGUUUGAAGGCAUUGGACACUACCAAACCAACUCUUAGUGCUGACAUUCUCGCAACGUUUGUCGAUACUGGGUAUUCGGCCGAACUCACAAAGUACGCCAACUUAUGGUUACUCGCAUCGAUCUUUCAACAAAACAAAGACACCAAAACACCAAGUAGAGUCAAAGGUGAUAUUGUUGAAAAAGAAUUUAAACAACUUCAAUGCUCUAAACCCAUUACAAACAUCCUGAUGAGAUUAACGUUUAUAGCCACUGCUGUAAAAUGUCCAAGUUUUCUUCCAUACAUGUUCAACUCGGAUACGAUGGUUCCAAAGAUCCAAACCUAUCUUUUGGCAGACACUUACAAAUCAACUUGGGUAGAAGGUCUAUUCGAUCAGGUCAAAGGUAAAUUGGAUGAUACUACCAAAUUUGAUGACAAUAAAAAGUUUACCGAACUUAAAGCCAAGUUGGAUAUCGUCGAUCCUUCAUUCAACCUUUCGUCCACCGUCAUCAACGAAUACUACUCGCUGCUAUUCGCUCUUAUCGGUCCUCUCGCCAUCAAGAAUUCACCAAAGGUCCAUCGUCUCUUUACUCAAGUGACCAAAAAAUCCAUUAAAAAGAUAUUGGCCAACAAGGAUCAUGAAUGGUACACCACUAUGACCAAGGCAAAAGAUAUGUUCAAAGGUACCGUUGCAUCCAUGUCACUUCAAAUAUCAAGAGCUCUUUAUCGGUUAUAUUUCGAUGGUACGGCGCCAGCGGGUAUUAGUGCUCAACACGUUCUAACAUUUGACAGUGCUAGAUUCUUGGUUCAAAUCCGAAAGAAAACUGGUAUCUUUUUGGAUAACGACCCUACUUUUGUAGAGUUUUGGAAAGACCAAAAAAUGUAUCGUGCAGUCUGUGGUAUAUUCAUUCUCUGUAGUGCUGCUAGUAUCUAUGCUGGGUUCAAAUCAUACGACAAGGCAUCAACAGCCGAAAAGGUUAUGGCUUGGGUCAACGCUGCUGUAUCAGGUGUCGAUGCCAUAACAUCGAUUGUUGAAGCCUCUAGAACUGGAUACAAUGCCUAUCUUUGGAUUGGUCAAAAGGUGAAAAGUUUAAUGACCCCUCAAUACCCUCCAGUUCGUCAAGCAGUCUCUACUGGCAAAACUUCCAAGUUUGCCAAAUACUACAAGCUUGGGUGGAUUGUAAAAUAUGUCACAGCGGUUUUAGUCGUAGUCAGUAUGGCCUUUACAGUUUAUGACAUGGUAACAGCCAUACAAAACCAAGAUUGGGGAAUGCUAGCAGUCAGUGUAGUAGAAUUUGCCCUUGAAUUUGGUGUACUUGUCCUAACAUUUAUGACUGCUACUUCUUGGUCUGGUCCAGUAUGUCUUAUUUUAACGGCAGCUCUAAUCAUCAUUGGUGUAGUCAAGAUGUUUUGGGAAUCGGUUAAAUCAGUAUUCCAUGAUAUCGGCAAAUUCUUUGACAAGUUGUUCAAUGGUGAUCCAUGUGACAAGUUUGUAAUGGCAUCAAAUGAAAAAUAUCAUGUCACUACUGCCGAAGAACUAGUCAUUAUGCAAUCUGCUCUUGACACUUAUCUCAUUCAACAUCCAGAGGAAACUAAAAAGGUGGAAGAAAUGAGGAGAACGUUGCUCUCUCUACAAGGAUUAAGUGAAUGA